AUGCCUAUGCACCCAGUGACUGCGACCUUAAUGUACAGGGGCAUCUAUACCAUCCCUGACAUUCUCAGCAACCAGGACCCCAUAGAUAUCCCUGAGGAUGAACUGGAAGAGAUCCGCGAGGCUUUUAAAGUCUUCGACCGCGAUGGGAAUGGGUUUAUCUCGAAGCAGGAGCUGGGGAUGGCGAUGCGCUCACUGGGCUACAUGCCCAACGAGGUGGAGUUAGAGGUCAUCAUCCAGCGCCUGGAUAUGGACGGUGAUGGACAGGUGGACUUUGAAGAGUUUGUGACGUUGCUAGGACCUAAACUGUCAUCAGCUGCAAUUCCAGAGAAGUUCCAUGGAACCGAAUUUGAUAAUGUUUUUUGGAAGUGCGAUAUGCAAAGAAUGACAGUAGAAGAGUUGAAGAGACUCCUUUAUGAGGCAUUCUGUGAACAUUUGUCAAUGAAGGACAUCGAAAAUAUAAUCAUGACAGAAGAAGCAGGCCAUGUUGUAAACCCAGAAGAAUGUCCUGUUGACAUUGACACAUGUUCAACACAGCAAAUCAAACAGACCUGUGUCAGGAAGAGUCUCAUCUGUGCGUUCGCUAUCGCUUUCAUCAUCAGUGUAAUGCUCAUAGCAGCAAAUCAGGUGCUGAGAAGUGGGAUGAAAUAA